AUGCUCUUAAUCCCUCUUCUCUUUUCCCCUCUCCUCCUCUCUUCCUUUUUUUUGUUAGCUUUAUUCUCAAGCUAGGUUUAUUUCUAGCAAUUCUUGGUUCUUUAUCCUUAGUUUUUGUUUCUUGAUCCCAAAAUCAAGAACCCAUUUCUUGAAUCUUAAGAAAUUUGUUCUCAAACCACCUUAUUUUCUUGCAAUUCUUGAAUCUUGAAUCUUGAGUUUUAGUUUCUUGAAUCCAAAAUCAAGGACUUUCACAAGCCACCUUCUUGAAUCUUGAAUCUUGAUCUUGAGUUUUAGUUUCUUGAAUCUCAAGAAAUCAAGAACCCUAGUUCUUGUUUUUAUCUCUCUAGAUCUUGAUUAAUUUUUAAAGAUUAAUCUUGAUGCUAAAUAUCUUGUUCUUGAUGUUUGAGAUUCAUGUCUCCAAUUCUGAGUGAAAUUUUUUGUUCUGGGUGUAUGAUAAAUUCCACUUAUAGGCGCAGGACCCAUCUUGUUCAAUCUUUUUCAGUUGUUUUUCUUUACUUUUUAUACUACGUUUCAUGAUUUUUCCUCUUUAAUUAAUUACCCUAUACUAAUAUAAUUAGUCUUAUAUAAUAAGAUCUACAAUAAUAAUAAUAAUAAUCUUGAGUCAAUCUUAAUUAGUAUUACUAUUAGUAUAAAAAAUCUGUCGCUAAAAAGCUGUUUUCUAGUAGUGAAUUAACUCUCUCGUCUCUUAAUAAUGGCGUCCUCCAGCGGAACAACAACAACAUCAUCAAAUUCGAGCCUGUUACAAAACUCCGGGUCCGAGGGCGAUUUACAGGCCGUAAUGGAUCAAAGAAAGCGAAAAAGAAUGAUUUCGAACCGGGAAUCAGCAAGAAGAUCAAGAAUGCGAAAACAGAAGCAUUUAGAUGAUUUAAUGACUCAAGUUUCUCAAUUAAGAAAAGAAAAUCAGCAGAUAAUCACCAGUAUUAAUAUCACAUCUCAACAUUUCUUGAAUGUUGAGUCUGAUAACUCAAUUCUUAGAGCUCAAGUUGGUGAAUUAAGCCACAGAUUAGAUUCUUUAAAUGAGAUUAUCAGCUUCUUGACCACUGCCAGCAAUGGAGAUUAUGAUUUUAAUGAACCAGCUGCUGAUAAUUUUUUUAGUCCAUUGAAUAUGUCAUAUUUGAAUCAGCCUAUAAUGGCAUCUGCAAAUAAUAUUUUUCAAUAUUAGAUCACCGGUCGGACUGCAGGACCGAGCCAGCGCUGGACUAUAGACUGAGCCUUGGAUCGGAGUUGGAAUCAGAUUUGAAUGAAUGGUGAAGAGAUGAAGAGAGAUAUUUAAGAGAUUAUGGUGUUUUUAUUUUUGUGUUUAGUGUUUAAUUAAGGUUAAGAAAUUAUUAAUUAAGGAAUAAGGUGAUUUUGUUUUUUUUAAGAACAAAAUGGGAUUUGUAAUGGGAUUUUGGUCUGUAAAUUGUGGUUUAUGCUAUAUGUAAUAUCAUGAAUUAUUGAUGCAGUUAUAUAAUAUUAUAUAUUUUUUUACUGUUU